CGGAGAGUCGGUUAUGUGCACAAGAAUGAACAUACAUCACAAACUGAGGAAUGCCCAGAUUACUUCCGGUGGAUCCAUGAAGACCUGAAGCCAUGGAAAGUUACAGGAAUCACAAGGGAGAUGGUUGAAAGAGCUAGAGAAGUAGCACACAUUAGAGUGAUUGUAGUGAAAGGUGUAUUGUAUGUGGAGAAGUAUAAACAGGCUUUCCAAACAAGGGACAUGGUCACACUAUGGGGGAUUUUGCAGCUUAUCGCAUUGUACCCGGGUAGGAUCCCGGAUUUGGAUAUGAUGUUUGAGUGUGGUGACAAGCCCGUUAUACAUAAACGGGCCCACGACACAACCAAACAGGGUUUUGCUCCUCCACCGGUGUUUCGCUACUGUAGUGAUGAAUGGAGCUAUGACAUUGUGUUUCCUGAUUGGUCCUUCUGGGGUUGGUAAAUGCAUACCAUCACACUUCCUAAAGCUAAAAUUGAUGUUAGUGUGGUAUCAAAGCUUGUUAAGUUCAAAGAGCAAUUUUGUAGGCCGGAGCUCAAAAUAAAGCCUUGGGAAAUCUUGAAGAAAGAGUUGCAAGAAAGCAAUGAUGUGAUG